UACAGUCCACACAUCAACAUAUAUGCUAUCCAUUUAAAAUUAGGACACUUAUUUUUUUCUAAAUAAAAUUUAAUAAUAUUCAAAUUCACUCACUCAGUCUCCGACUCUCUUUGCUCUAUCAACAAAACCAGAUGCACACAGAGUAAAACACAGAGAGAUAACAAAAAAAUCUUCAUCUUCUCCUUUCUAGUAGCUAUAGUACUUGGGUUUCACAAUUGCUGCAAUCACCCUAUCUGUUUUGUAAUCAAGAUAUAAUAAAUUUCGUGUUUCCAAUUUAUUUAUUUUUAAGUUUCUAGCUAGUUUCUUGACCUGCCGAAACCCUAACAAAAUUGAGACUCAAUCUAAGGAAACAAAGACAAUGGCUGAAGGAAGAAGAAUUCAAGAGGAUGUGCCAUAUUUGGCUCUUGACAUUGGAGGAUCACUAAUCAAGCUCGUGUAUUUCUCGAGAAGUGAGCAAUCACCAGCAGAAGAAGAUGAUGCUAACUUGAUAAAGGCUUUGGAAAAUACAAGUCACCCUGUUCAUGGCGGAUGGCUUCAUUUCGUAAAGUUUGAGACAAGGGAAAUCAAUCAAUGUUUGGAUUUUAUCAAAUUCAAGCAGCUUCAUUGCCAAGUUGGAACUGAUCCAGAAAACAAACAAACUGCUGCAAAAGUUAAGGUGACUGGGUCUGGAGCACACAAGUUUGCGGAUUUGUUUAUGGAAAAGAUUGGUGUAACAGUUGAAAAAGAAGAUGAGAUGGAUUGUUUAGCAGUUGGAGCAAACUUCUUGCUUAAGGUAUUCCAAAACGAAGCGUUUACCUUCAUAGAGGGCGAAAAAGAAAGUGUUGAUAUUGACGAGAAUGAUUUGUUCCCUUAUCUUCUUGUGAAUAUUGGUUCUGGUGUUAGCAUACACAAGGUCACAGGAGAUGGCACUUCUGAAGCAGUUGAUGGAACUCGUAUUGGUGGCAUUGCUUGUUGGGGGCUCGGGAGGUUGUUGACAAAAUGCAAGAGCUUUAAUGAAAUUGUAGAGUUGAGUAAAUACGGAAGCCUUAAAAGAAUAGAUUUGUUUGUUGAAGACACCUUUGGUGAUCAGAAAUAUGUUGAUAAGUCGAAUGCACCGCCUGAUAUGAAUAUUGGAAGUUUUGGAAAGGCAAUAUCUGAAAAUAGAACACUUGAAGAUUGCAAGGCUGAAGAUAUAUCUUUGUCUCUGUUGGAGAUGAUUUCGCAAAACAUUGGGCAGAUUGCCUCCUUGAAUGCCCGUAUAUAUGGAAUCCAGAGGAUCUUUUUUGGAGGAUCUUUUAUAAAGGACAAUACAUGUGCCCUGGAGACCCUCUCAUCUUCAGUUCAUUUCCAAACAAAUGGUGAAGCGAAAGCAAUGUUUUUACAGCAUGAAGGAUUUGUAGGAGCGGUAGGUGCGCUCAUGAGAUAUGAGAAUAAGCAUGGCCUUCUUAUUAAGGAUGAAUCACAAAAUGUGGACACUACCUUAUAGAGCACAUGAGCUAUGAGAAUAAGCAUGGCCUCGUUAUGAUGGAUGAAUCACAAAAUGUGGAAAGCACAUUUUCGUGCCAUGAUCCACUUCGGAAUUUUAGAGACUUAGACCACAGAGUUCCUCAGUUUGUCAUGGAAUCUGCCGUUUUAUCGUAAGAUUUAUGGCAGAGAUUGAUUUAUCUUUUUGAGUGUAUAACAAUAAUUUGUAGUUUAUGUUACUUCAGUUACACAUAGAGAUGCAUGACAGGCAGCUACUGUAACCAGUGGCUCACUCACUUUCUAGUAUAAACACGAAAGACUUUAUCUGUGUUUGUUGUAAACUUGUAACUUGUACAAUCUUUGUAUUUGUUUCAUGUAAUUUGCUGAUGUAUGUACAAUGGAAUUCGAAUAAGAAAAAGAGAAGAUUUGUCAA